UCGGAGGGUCCCAGGCUUGAGGACCCAACAGCUCCUCACACCGCUGGAAAGGCAAGAACAGCCUGCACUGGUAGUGAGCUUCUAUCUCCUGGACUGCAACACCCUAGUGCACCCCGACUUAGCUAUGGCGAAGCUGGAGACGCUGCCCGUGCGUGCUGAGCCGGGACGGGACCCACUCCUGGCCUUUGCCCCGCGGCCUGCUGAACUUGGACCCCCGGACCCCCGCCUGGCCAUGGGCAGUGGGGUGACCCAUGCCCAGGAGUUUGCUAUGAAGAGUGUGGGCACCCGCACAGGGGUUGGGGGCAGCCAGAGUGGUUUCCCAGGUCCCCGUGGUGGAGGUGGCAGUGGUGGCAGGGAAAGGCCAGGCCGCUGCCCCUCGGAAGACAAGGUUCUCGCCAACUCCCUCUACCUCAAUGGCGAGCUGCGGGGCAGCGACCACACCGACGUCUGUGGCAACGUGGUGGGCAGCAGCGGGGGCAGCAGCAGCAGCGGCAGCAGUGACAAGGCCCCGCCACAGUAUCGUGAACCCAGCCACCCACCCAAGCUCCUGGCCACCUCUGGCAAGCUAGACCAGUGCUCAGAGCCACUAGUCCGGCCAUCUGCCUUCAAGCCUGUUGUACCCAAGAACUUCCACUCCAUGCAGAACUUGUGUCCCCCACAGAGUAACGGGACCCCAGAGGGACGACAAGGCCCAGGAGGCCUCAAGGGCGGACUGGACAAGUCCAGGACCAUGACCCCAGCGGGCGGGAGUGGGGGUGGCCUCUCUGAUUCUGGCCGGAACUCACUCACCAGCCUGCCCACCUACAGCUCCAGCUACAGCCAGCACCUGGCGCCCCUCAGUGCCUCCACCAGCCACAUCAACCGCAUUGGCACUGCCAGCUACGGCAGCAGCAGCAGUGGUGGGGGGGCAGGCUACCAGGACCUGGGAACCUCAGACAGUGGGCGGGCCUCCAGCAAGAGCAGCUCAUCCACAGCCGCCUCUGUGGGGCGGCCUGGCCACUUGGGAUCUGGGGAGGGAGGAGGUGGGGGUCUACCCUUUGCAGCCUGCUCCCCACCUUCUCCCAGCACCCUGAUCCAGGAACUGGAGGAACGGCUGUGGGAGAAGGAGCAGGAGGUGGCAGCUCUGCGGCGCAGCCUGGAGCAGAGCGAGGCGGCCGUGGCCCAGGUCCUGGAAGAGCGGCAGAAGGCAUGGGAACGGGAGCUAGCUGAGCUUCGGCAGGGCUGUAGUGGGAAGCUGCAGCAGGUGGCCCGCAGGGCCCAGCGUGCCCAGCAGGGCCUCCAGCUGCAGGUGCUGCGGCUGCAGCAGGACAAGAAGCAGUUGCAGGAGGAGACGGCCCGGCUGAUGCGGCAGCGCGAGGAGCUGGAGGACAAGGUGGCCGCCUGUCAGAAGGAGCAGGCCGACUUCCUGCCCCGCAUGGAGGAGACCAAGUGGGAGGUGUGCCAGAAGGCCGGCGAGAUUUCCCUCCUGAAGCAGCAGCUGAAGGACUCGCAGGCCGAUGUGUCGCAGAAGCUGAGUGAGAUUGUGGGGCUGCGCUCUCAGCUGCGUGAAGGCCGCGCCUCGCUGCGGGAGAAGGAGGAGCAGCUGCUCAGCCUGAGGGAUUCCUUCGGCAGCAAACAGGCCAGCCUGGAGCUGGGCGACAGCGAGCUGCCCACGGCCGCCUGCCUCAAGCCGCCACUCACCCCCGUGGACCCGGCCGAGCCGCAGGAGGCGGCGCUGGCCACCUGCGAAAGCGAUGAGGCCAAGAUGCGCCGACAGGCUGGGGUGGUCGCCGCCGCCUCCCUGGCCUCGGUGGACGGGGAGGCGGAUGCCAGCGGGGAGAACGGGACGAGGGCUCUGCGGCGGGAGGUGGGGCGGCUGCAAGCUGAGCUGGCAGCCGAGCGGCGCGCCCGGGAGCGCCAGGGCGCCAGCUUCGCGGAGGAGCGCCGCGUGUGGCUGGAAGAGAAGGAGAAGGUCAUCGAGUACCAGAAGCAGCUGCAGCUGAGCUACGUGGAGAUGUACCAGCGCAACCAACAGCUGGAGCGGCGGCUGCGCGAGCGCGGGAGUGCUGGGGGCGCCAGCACACCCACCCCGCCGCACGGCGACGACAAGAAGGCCUGGACGCCCUCCCGCCUCGAGCGCAUUGAGUCUACAGAGAUCUGAUCCAUUCGCCACCUGGGCAUUCGGCCUCCUGAUCCGCACCCUGUUGGGAGACUGGGUCCCCAGCAUCCCCUCUCUUCUCCUCUCCAUCGCUUUUCCCAUCCCCACCCCGUGUGCCCCAUGUCCCCAGACCAAAGAGGUUCUCAAAGCAGCUGUGACCAAGUUCCUCCCUGCACUGUAGGGUGCUCUCCCAGCUCCAGCCCUGUCACCCGCCACCCUGGGGGUGUGGGGGUGGCCCUCCCAGACCCUCCUGGCCAGGGGGGAAUGGAGGAGGAGGGCAGAGCCAGUCGGUCGAGGGCCCAGGCAGCAGGA